AAGAAGGGUCUCAGGAUCCAACACACAUUAUCACAAAUGUUAUGAUCAUCGUCACUGCUGACCCUCUCCUGACCAGGCUCCACCCCUGAGGGACAUAGCUCAGCCUUGACCAAUGACUUCUAAGUACCACAGAGAACAAGGGGUGAGAAUGUCAUCAGUGACGAAUAAAAGGCCACACAGAGAAGCAGCAGCACAUACCUGCUUCUGACACAGCUGUGAUCACUAGCAAGUUGCCAGACCUGACAUCAUGGUGCAUCUUACUGCUGAAGAAAAGUCUUCCGUUACUAGCCUGUGGGGCAAGAUGAAUGUGGAUGAAGCUGGAGGUGAAGCUUUGGGCAGGCUCCUCGUUGUUUAUCCCUGGACCCAGAGAUUUUUUGACAACUUUGGAAACCUGUCCUCUUCCUCUGCCAUUAUGGGAAACCCCAAGGUCAAGGCCCAUGGCAAGAAGGUGCUGACCUCCUUUGGGGAUGCUAUUAAAAAUAUGGACAACCUGAAGGGUGCGUUUGCUAAACUGAGUGAGCUGCACUGUGACAAGCUGCACGUGGAUCCUGAAAACUUCAGGCUCCUGGGUAACGUGUUGGUCAUUAUUCUGGCUACUCAUUUUGGCAAGGACUUCACCCCUGAAGUACAGGUUGCCUGGCAGAAGCUGGUGUCUGGAGUUGCCAUUGCACUGGCUCACAAGUACCACUGAGACUUCUUUCCAGACGACUAGUGUUCCUGUGUUCUCAACACCCUCUUUCUGCACAUGGGCACUGGGCUGGGACUUGCGAGCUAAGCUUCUGUUUAAUAAAGUAUAUUCCAAUCAGUAAUCA